AGUUGCUUUUCAAAUGCUGGUAAAUGAAGUUCAGUAAAAUGUCAUUAAUCGACACAUAUUACAAUGAACAGCAGAAACUGUGGUACGGUCCCGAAAAUGUGCUGUUUGCCGAUGCCACAACAUCCAUAGGAGAAGUUGUAUAUCAAGCGCUUAAGGCAGAUCCCACAAAUAUAUGUCAGACAUCACAUGAUAAUGGUAAAGUCCUUACCAAUGCGGAAACUUUGACUGCAGCCAUACGCAUUGCGCAAUUCCUAAAGGCUGAAGGACUGAGCCACGAGGACAUUGUGGGAAUCAUAGCCAAAAGUGACAUCCAUGUAACUGAUGUGCUACUUGCAUGUUUUUUCAAUACGACACCCGUUCAUGCCGUCAAUCCGUUGCUCGAAACAUCAACUAUUGCUGCUCUAUAUGGGAUAACAAAGCCAAAGCUAAUAUUUUGUGAUGGUUGCAAUUACGAGCUGAUGAAAACGUUAACUAAAGACUGGAAACCAAGGAUUAUAACGCUGAGUGAUCAUAUUGUGAAUGUGCUCAGAAUUGAGGAGCUAUUGAAAGCAACAAACACGGAAAAUAGCUAUGUACCUUGUAAAUUGGUGCAUGGUGGCGAUCAAACAAUGGCCAUCGUCUGUUCAUCGGGCACAACAGGUCUGCCAAAAGCUGUCACCUUAACCAAUUCGCAAUUGUUGUUAAUAUCACCCACCAGCGGCAUUAACGAUGUUGUCUACACCACAGCCAGCUUGGAUUGGUUGACAGCUAUCAAGUGUCUGCUGAGUAGCAUUCUGAAUGGAGCUGCACGCAUUGUCAGUAGCCAGCCAAUUACUACGCAGCUAACUGUGGAGAUUAUAAAGAAAUGGAAGGUGACCUACUGUUAUCUAUCGCACUGGCAAUUUAAUGAGCUCUUCGCCAGUCCACUGGCCACCACAGAGAAUCUGUCGAGUUUGCAGUUCGUACAGUAUUCCGGGGGCUGGGUCUCUCCGGGCGUUGUCCACUCCGCUAAACGAGUACUCGAAUCUACAAUCUUUGUGUGUGUUUACGGUACAACUGAAACCGAUGGCAUAUCGUUAUGCCUAAAUGCUGAAAUGGAGAAUUUGGUUGGCGCUUUGCUGCCGGGCAUAAGUGCUCGUAUUGUGAGUGAACAGGGCGUUUAUCUUAACCACAAUGAGAUUGGCGAAAUACUCGUCAAGACGACCCAAAACUGGAACGGUUACUAUGGCAAUCCGGAACAAACAGCACAAACACUCGAUUCUGAUGGCUGGUUCCAUAUGGGUGACUUGGGCUAUUUUGAUAACGACAAUCAGCUGUAUUUGAUUGAUCGUAAAAAGGAUUUGUUAAAGUACAAGUCUAUGCAUUAUACACCCAACGAAAUUGAGAAGAUCAUCAUUGAGUUGCCAGCUGUGCAGCAAGUGUGUGUUGUUGGCAUUAAGGAUAAGUUUUAUGGAGAUGCAGCUGGUGCUUUAAUCGUCAGGAAAGCAGGUUGUCACCUAACUGAACAGCAGGUCAUCAAUCAUGUGGCAAAGCGCAUUUCUGUGCACUACAAACAGCUGCAUGCAGGUGUUCGAUUUGUGAAUAGAAUUCCAGUCAACUUCAAUGGGAAACUGCUGAGAAAUGUAGCUAGCGAGAUGUUUGAGGACGCCAAACUACCAAAAGCUAAACUUUAAAUGUAUUGUAUAAAAGUACACUUAUUGACUACUUUGAUAAAAAAAUAAGGUAUCCAAGUUAAUACUAAAAACCUAAAAGCUUCAGUUAAUGUAUUAUAUAGAGUAGGCGAAAUGUAUUUCAAGUAUAAAAUAAAGAUCUUCAAACAUGAACAUGAAACUGAAGAUAUGUGUAAA